UGUCAGACGCAGUCCACUUGCCAGUGUCGCGUCUGCGCGUUCACGGCCCGCUUCUGCUGAAGCGGGAAAUUCGAAUUCGGAACUUCUUAUUUUUUUCUUCAUACCGUUUAUUUUUUAUAUCUAUUUCGAUUGUGGCUGACUGUUCUUUUAGUGUCUGUUCUGUGCUUAAUUCUUCUGUUGCGGAUAGAUCACUUGGCAUGCUGCAGUAGAUAUGGGGCUUUAUAGCUUAAGAUCGUUGCUCUUAGCAGCGUUCAUUUUAAGUAAUUGCAUAACGUGGACGACGUCAAGGCAUCACUACACACAUAAUGUAAACGGUCACAGAAGUAGACACAGACGGCAAGGCGCCGGUUUGUAUCUAUCAGCUUCAUACGUCCUGCCUGGUGGUGAGGGCACCGGUGCGUGGGGAGAGUGGGGCGAGGUGACCCCUUGCUCUAGGACAUGCGGCGGCGGUGUUGCCAGCCAGAAGAGAAUAUGUCUUCAGGUUGGGUCAGAUGGCCAGUCUUCGUGUACUGGUGGGGACACGAAAUACUUUUCAUGUCAGACACAAGACUGCCCCCCAGACUCCAAAGAUUUUAGAUCAGAACAAUGCGCGGAAUACGACAAUAUAUUGUUCAAGGGCAUUAAAUACAAAUGGGUACCAUAUCUGAACGGUCCUAACCCAUGCGAGCUGAACUGCAUGCCGCGAGGCGAGAGAUUCUACUACAGACAAAAGCCGAAGGUCACUGAUGGCACUCUCUGUAAUGACGAGUCGUGGAAUGUUUGCGUCAACGGCACCUGCCAGACUGUGGGUUGCGACCGAAUGCUGGGCUCAACAGCGCAAGAAGAUAAAUGCCUUGUAUGUCGCGGAAGCGGGCUUAACUGUCGCACUGUUAGCGGAUUACUGGAUUCUCAGGAUCUCAGAAAAGGCUACAAUGAUAUGCUACUCAUACCGAUGAAUGCUACAAGUAUUCUAAUAGAAGAAGUUAGAGAUUCCAACAAUUAUCUCGCGAUUCGGUCCAAAAAUGGCACGUACUAUCUGAAUGGGGACUACCACAUAGACUUCCCAAGAACUAUAGUGAUCGCUGGUGCCCACUGGCACUACGAACGUAACCAAAGAGGCUUCUCUGCACCGGACAAACUUCGCAGCACGGGGCCACUUAAUGAACCACUAUUUUUAUCGCUUUUGCUCCAAGACGAGAAUGUUGGUAUUAAAUACGAAUAUAGCAUAGCACCGGAGCUACUACCCGUUGCUGACCAAAAGUACCACUGGGUGUACGACAAUUUCACACCGUGCAGUGCUACUUGUGGAGGAGGUUUUCAGACCAGGAAUGUAACUUGCCGGUCACGAGAAGAAUUAGAUAUAGUGGAAGAGGGAUUGUGUGAAGAAGUGCUAAGGCCACCAAGUAAUCAAAGUUGCAACAUAGACGCAUGCCCUGCAAAGUGGAUAGAGGGACCCUGGAGUCCCUGUUCCAAAGCCUGCGGAGAAGGUGGCGUCCAGUCACGACAGGUUCAGUGCCAAAAGAUUAUUACGAACGGGUUUCCGUCAAUAGUAGCCGACAAAGAAUGCUUCGAUCUAUUGGGACCUAAGCCAGAGUUGUUCCAAGAGUGCAACAAGAAUGCCUCCUGUCCUAAAUGGUUCACUGGACCAUGGAAGCAUUGUGACAAAUUAUGUGGAGAAGGUAAACAAACUCGUCAAGUAGUCUGUUUUCAAAAAUCUGAUACUGGUCGCGUAGAAGUGCUGGAAGAUAGUAAAUGUCAAGACAAGAAACCGGACACAGAACAGACCUGUCUGUUACACUCUUGCAAAGGCAUCGACUGGAUGUUAUCUGAUUGGACUGGGUGCGACACUUGUCUAUCAACGGUGAGAACCCGCGUGGCUGAGUGCGCGACAGAGGAUCACAAGGUGGUGGACCCGAGCCAAUGCGCCUACCAUCCGCCGCCGCAGCUACAAGAGCCUUGUGACCUAUCCAAAUUACCAGCCUGCGAAGUGCAGUGGUACGCCACGCAAUGGAGCAAGUGUUCAGCAGACUGCGGCAAAGGCAUCCACACACGGCGCGUAUUCUGUGGUAUGUUCAAUGGAGACUCUGUGGAGAAGGUCGACGACAGCCGCUGCUCCAACUUUACUAAGUACAACGAUACGAAACCCUGCGAAAUACCUAAAGACAAGUGCCCAGCCAAAUGGUACGCUGGUCCUUGGUCUGAGUGCACAAAGCCAUGUGGUGGCGGUACAAAGCAGCGCGCCGUGAUGUGCAUCCGUGACUUCAAGCACGUCAGCGAGUGUGACCUGGAAUCCAUCAUCGACUCGACGAAUUCCUGCAACACAGGCCCUUGCGACGCAGAUGAAACCCUACCGGUGAAUGCAAGCGCUCCUCCUAUUCUCGACAUAGAAUAUGAAGACGAAGAUUGUAUUGAUGAAGACGAAGAGAUCGAGAAGUACGACGAAGUAGGCGCCGAAGAGGAAAGCACCAGUUCACUCUUCACGUUGGACGAGCUCAUGUUUAGCGACAGCCCAUCUACGAUAGAGGGAUCAGGCUCAACAAUAUCGACUGAAUUUGGAUCUGGAGAUGGAUCAGGCUUCGGUUCAACUAGCUUGUUCACAGAUUCGGACAGUACUACAGAUAGUGAACUAUCAACAGUUUCAAGUAGUGAUUUUACAGAUACUGGAUCUACCGAAUCUGGAGCAACUGACGAAACUACUGAAUCUGGCGCUACUGAUAAUACUGUGUCAGUAGAUACUACUGAAACUGGCUUAACAGAUGAAAGCGAAUCAAGUGUAUCUACUGAACUUGAUUCCACAGACGCAUCUACUGUUUCUGGAUUAACUGAUGCUUCAAGUGAACCUUCGGUUACAGAUCAAAGUAGUAUAUCAGACUCUACCGAUAUUACCACUGAAUCCGGAAGUACUGAUUUUACAGAUAUAAGUUCUACUGAUGCUACCAGUGACUUGAGCUCCACUGCAUCCAGUGACUUGAGCACCUCUGAUACAACUAUAGAUUUUAGUUAUUCUACUGAUGAAACUACUGACUCUGCCACUACCGAGGAAUCAACUGUGUCUGGUUCUACAGAUAUAACAACAGAAUCUGGAUCGACAGAUAUUUCCGAGUCAUCUACAGAAGGAUCUUCCACUUCAUCUUCAAGCGACAGCCCUACUGAUGGCUCUACUGGAACCGACUCAACUGAUAUCACUGAGACAGGUUCUACCGGGGAAUGGUCUACUGAAUUUUCUGGUGAAACAACUGAGUCCGGUGCUACUACUGAAUAUAGCAGCACCGAUCAGACUGGUUCCACUGAAAGUUCAUCAGAUAUAAGCACAACUGACUUUACAGGAAGUACCGAAACUGAUGAGACUGGGUCUACUGAGACAGGUUCAGAUGUAACUGACAUUAGUACAACCGAAGUGUCAGGCGGAUCUACUGAAACUGACUACAGCACUACCGAACUAACUGGCAGUACAGAAACUGGAGAAACCGGACUUACAACAGAAAGUUACUCGUCAACGGAAAUAAGUACAGAAGAAUGGACCACUGAAUCUGAAGAAUCUACUGUCUGGGACUAUUCGACCACGUUAACUGGCGGCAGAAAGAAAAUGUGCAAACCAAGGAAAUCUAAAUGCAAGAGCAGCAAGCAUGGUUGCUGCCCUGACUUGCGAACGCCCGCUACAGGACCUUUCGACGAAGGUUGUCCAAACCCGGAGACCUGUAAAGAGUCUAAAUUCGGUUGUUGUCCGGAUGGCGUGUCUCCCGCACCCACGGCCAAGGGUAAGGGCUGCCCAGUGACGCCCUGCAACGAGACGCUGUUCGGCUGCUGUGAGUCCGACAAAAAAACACCCGCCGAGGGCAACGACCAGGAAGGAUGUCCCCCAGCGUGCAAAUUUUCUAAAUAUGGCUGUUGCGAAGAUAAGCAAACUAAAGCGACAGGUCCAAAGAAGGCAGGGUGUCCCGAAACAGAAGCUAAAAAGAAAGCAGAAGAAGCUAAGAAAAAAGCAGCAGCAGAUAAGAAAAAGGAGGAAGAGAGGAAAAAGGCAACAACGAAACCACAGGAAGUUGGAGAGUGCGUUAAAUCCAAGCAUGGGUGUUGUUACGACAACAGUACUGAAGCAAGUGGACCUAAUGGCGCCGGUUGUCCUUGCAACAUUACAGAGUUCGGUUGUUGCAGCGAUGGCGUUACUGCAGCGAAUGAUGCAGAAAAGUCGAAUUGUGGGAAGACAUGCAAUUCGUCUCCAUUCGGAUGUUGUCCUGACGGCAAAACUCCAGCUCAUGGAUACGAAAAUGAAGGUUGCUGUCUCCUAUACGAAUUUGGGUGCUGUCCUGAUAACUACAGUCCUGCUAGAGGACCACACAACGAAGGUUGCGACUGUAAGCAGUCCCGGUUCGGUUGUUGUCCAGACAACACGACUGUGUCUCGUGGCCCCGAGAAUGAGGGAUGUGGCUGCGAAUACAGCGAGUUUGGUUGUUGCCCAGACAGUCAUACCCAAGCCGAGGGUCUGGAAUACAAGGGUUGUGGUUGCCACACUUAUCAGUUCGGUUGCUGUGAUGAUGGUGAAACCAUUGCGAAGGGUCCCAACCGUCAGGGAUGUCACUGCCGUGAAUCCAAAUACGGCUGCUGCGGAGAUCAGAACACUCCAGCUGUCGGACCUAAUUUGGAAGGCUGCGAUUGUGCCUCCAGUAGAUACGGUUGCUGCCCUGAUGGGCAAACCGAAGCUAAAGGCAAGAAGUUCUUGGGAUGUACCGACGUGCCUGAGAGUAGACAAGCGGCGUGCAGCUUGUUGACGGACCGCGGCUCCUGCCACAACUACACGGUGUACUGGUUCUACGACAUGGAGUACGGCGGCUGCUCCAGAUUCUGGUAUGGCGGCUGUGAGGGCAACGGGAACAGAUUCUCUACCAAAGAAGAGUGCGAGGACAUCUGCGUGCAGCCCGCACCUAAAGAUGCUUGCAAGUUGCCACAGGUGAAAGGUGCGUGUAAAGGCUACCUCCUACGCUGGUACUACGACAGUGAACGGGAACGAUGCUCGCAGUUCAUUUACGGCGGCUGUCUCGGCAACAACAACAACUUCGAGACCGAGGAGCUGUGCCAGACGCAAUGCCAGCCCACCAGAUCUGUCGACCAAUGUUCUCUCCCUAUCGAUCCUGGAAGCUGCUCGGGCAACUAUGUUCGUUGGGGCUUCAACCCAGACAAUGGGCGUUGUGAGCAGUUCACAUGGGGCGGUUGUGAAGGCAACACCAAUAGGUUCAGUACAGAAGCUGCCUGCAUACACCGGUGCAAUACUCCGGGAGAGCCUAAAUCUAAUUGCAAGUUGCCGCAAGAGACUGGAAACUGUACAGAAGUGCAUGCUAAAUGGUCCUUUAGUGGAGAGGAGAAUCGAUGCGUACCAUUCUACUACACUGGUUGCGGAGGGAAUGAUAACAGGUUCGAUCAUGAACAGCACUGCAUCGACGACUGCCCAGCUGUCUAUGUCAAGGAUAUUUGUGAGCUGCCAGCUGAGAUCGGCAAUUGCGCGGAAUAUAGGCAGCGCUGGUACUUCGACACUGCGCAGAAGAGAUGUUUGCAAUUCUACUUCGGUGGGUGCGGUGGGAACGAAAAUAACUUCCACACGAUGGAACAAUGCGAGUCGCGGUGCGCUGUGAAGCAAGUGACAACCACCACACUGCAACCUGCUGUGGUGGACACUAGCACUUCAGAGUUCUGCUUCAUGGAACUGGACCCGGGCCAAUGUACCAACUACGAGACCAAGUGGGGCUACGACCAUACGCGCGGUAUUUGCACUACGUUCGAGUACGGAGGCUGCGGUGGCAACAGAAACAACUUCCCCGAUGAGAAAUAUUGUACAUAUUACUGUAUUACCACGCAAGAUAUCUGCCAAUUGCCAAUGCUGUCAGGACCAUGCGACGACUCGCAAAUGAAAUGGUUCUACGACCCCACCACGGACACUUGCAGUCGGUUCACCUACGGAGGCUGCCAAGGCAAUGGCAAUAGGUUCGACACUGCAGAGGAUUGCGAGAGGCGCUGCAGGACUGGACCCGCAGUCGACGUACCAGUCAAAACUACCACAACCACCAUUGCUCCGGCUGAAAAUCUACCUGCAGAAUGCCAGAUUCUGCCCACCGCAGAGGAAUGUACGGAAGCUGGGCAGGUUUGGUACUUGGACGUGAACAGACGGGCAUGUGUCUCGUACGAGAACGAAGCGAGUGGUUCCAGCUGUAGGAAUACAGGCGUCUUCAACUCAGAAGAAGCCUGCGAAAGGUCUUGUGGCGCCUUCCGAGACGUUGACGUAUGCCAGCAACCCAAAGAUCCCGGUCCAUGCCGGGAAGCUAUCCGCAAGUAUUACUACGACGUCGAAACUGAAUCUUGUAACGAGUUCGCAUAUGGCGGCUGUCACGGUGGAGCCAAUCGGUUUUCCAGUAUCAGCGAGUGCGAGGAGAUCUGCUUACCGGUUGAUACAGAUCCUUGUUCAUUGCCCGUGGAGGUUGGGAACUGUGUAUACAGCUAUUCCAGCUGGUACUACGAGCCUCGUCGUGAUGAGUGCUACAAGUUCUCCUACAGCGGCUGCAACGGGAAUGACAACAGAUUCCCAACCCGCGAGGAGUGCGAAGGUCGCUGCAGGCGACGACCUGCCGCCCCGGCCACGCCCGCUCCACCUACACAGGCAGGAGAACCUGAAUGCACUACCCCGACCUCAUUGGAGCCUUGUGGAGCUAACAUCACGGUGUUCUACUUCGAUUCGCAUCGGCAGGAAUGCGUACCGAGCGUCAUAGGUGGCUGCCAUCAACCCAACUCCUACCUAACUGAGGAGGCUUGCGAGAGAAGGUGUGGCGCCUUCCGAGGACUUGAUGCACCUCAAUUAUGCCAAUACUCGCUAGAUGUUGGCACAUGCAAAGCUUCUAUACCUAAAUACUAUUGGGAUAUAAGAGCCGGCAGAUGUGAACGAUUCUCCUAUGGUGGUUGUGGCGGUGGACCCAAUCGUUUCUCGACUAUAGAGGAAUGUGUGCAAUUCUGCGGAGAGACUGGACCUGCCCUUGCAUGUCUAGAGCCAGCGGACACGGGGUCGACGUGUGACGAGGUGCCAACGAGACGCUAUUACUACAGCCCCGAGGAAGGUUCCUGCAAGCCGCUCGUAUACAAAGGCUGUGGUGGUACAAACAACAACUUUGCCACAUACGAGUACUGCGAGAAGCUUUGCGAGAGUUGGAAAUACACUGAAACGAGCGACAACGAAGUAGUGCCCUCGGCGGACUGCUCGCGGUACCACGAGGAGUGCUCGCUGCUGCAGUGCCCGUACAGCGUGCAGCGCACGCGUGUGUCGGACGGCUGCGAGCGCUGCACGUGCGUGCCCGUCGAGGUCGAUUGCGAGCUCCUGCACCAGGAGUGUCAGACCCUCCGCUGCAACUACGGCGUAGACCGCUCUUACGGCUCCGACGGCUGCGAGAGAUGCAAGUGCAUAGAACAUCCGUGUGCUAACGUGAACUGUUCACCGGGCGAACGGUGUGUUGCCAGCGCAUACAGAAACCCAGUUACAGAGGAGACACAGUACUCUGCUGACUGCAAGAAGGUGGAAAAGCCUGGCUCAUGUCCACGUGAGCACGUGUUCACAACGGAGACAGGAUGCCGGCGCGAGUGUAACGAUGACGCGGAUUGCCGCGGAGUCGGCAAGUGUUGCUCGCGCGGCUGCAGCUGGCUGUGCCUCGAACCCGCCAGUAAUCAGAUCCUACACACCACCCCGUACACACCAGAAAUCCCACAAGCGCCGCGUGCUGACACAGAGGAAACGAAGCCUGAGGUGGAAGCAACGGAGGGCGGAAAAGCAAUUCUCCGCUGUCUCUUCCAUAGCAACCCGCCAGCUAAGAUCACUUGGAGACACAGUGAGAUCACCAUCGACACUGACUCAGGCCGGUAUAGGCUACAUUCUGACGGAGCCCUCGAAAUCGUAUCGCUGUACCGCAACGACUCCGGCGUCUACAUCUGCGUUGCGCAGAACAUCCACGGCAUAUCGCAGCAGGAAAUCCACCUGCAGGUCCAGGAUCCUGUAACAUCUCCGGCUGGCAUCGCUGGCGAUCGAGACGCAGUUGUGUACGGAGAGAUUGGCCAAAGUCUCACAAUUCAGUGCCUCGCGUACGGCUAUCCACGGCCUUCUGUCCUGUGGUACAGAGGCCCCACUGGCACCCUAGUGCCGUUCAGCAGUUCUAUAUACGAGGCAAGAGACUUCGGGUUGCUAAUAAGGAAACUAGAGGUGGAUCAGCUAGGCAGUUACACAUGUGAGGCAUACAACGGCGUGGGGCGGCCGGCGUCGUGGACUGUGGAGGUGAAGACGCGUGGCCGUACGAGCUGGUUGCAAGUGGGACAGACCACAUUCGGGCGGCCGCCUACACAAACAGAACGGACCACAGAAUGGACCACGCCACUUCGGGAAAUAACGGUCCCGGUGUUCACUGUGCCGGUUAAGACGCACAUCUCGGCGGAGACGACCAAUUUGGCCGUAGGCACGGAGCUGAACCUGCCGUGUGAUGUAGACGGCUACCCGUCACCCACCGUCUACUGGAGUAAAGAUGGCGUACCACUCACCUCGAACCAUAGAACGCAAUUCACUGAUGCCCGCCUCACGAUCACUAAUCUGACGGUGGCCGACAGCGGCGAGUACGGAUGUCACGCGAGCAACCCUUACAGCAACGACUACUCCACAGUCAGGAUCCUCGUACGAGAAAUCUACGUAUCGACGACGUGCAAAGAUAAUCCGUUCUUCGCGAACUGCCGCCUCAUAGUACGCAGCAAAUUCUGCGUACACCGAUAUUAUUCUCAGUUCUGCUGCAAGUCGUGCACGGAGGCAGGCCAGCUGGUUGCGCAAGAUCUUCAGCUGCAAUCUGAUGAGGCUUGGAAGAAAUAAGCACUUUAAUUGACCAAUGUUCAUAUUGUUAGUUAUGAUGAGGAUGUCAAUCGUGCUUAAUUGAUAAAUUAGAUAUUCGAAACUGAAAUUGCAAAUGUAGUUUUUUACAAUUUGUUUCUAAAACUUUAAUAUUCUUAUAAUUCGAAAUUACUAUUUUUUACUCUUUACAAAAAAAACAUGCCCUCGAUAUGAACAUUGGACCGAUAAAUCAGUUUAUAUUAAUUUCAUAGUGCCAUAUAGCUGAUGUACAAACAUAUUUUUGCUACAGGAAUAUUCCAUUUUUUACGAAUAUAUUUUUUCAAAUAUAUAAUUCUGCAGCAAUGGUAACUAGGUAGUUGGAAUAUGUGACUAUUUCCAACGUUCUCACUGUGUUAGCAAACCAAUAGAUCGUAUUGUAGAUAGAUAUACUUAAAUAUGAUUAUUGUGUAAAUAUAUAUACGAGGCCUAUGCCCAGCAGU